AUGUAAGUAUAGAAAAAAGGUCAAUAGUAAUCAUUUGCAGAAUAUGUUAAAUAAAUAACUAGUUAAUCUGUAAAUAGAUUCUAACAAACAUCUAAUAAACAAUUUCGAUCAACUAAUCUUCCUCAAUUACUUAGUGACAUGGAUCAAUCACCAUAUUUGCUAACUAGUUUAGAUAAAGCUAAAUUUCCUUAGGUAACUAAAAUGAAUAAGACUUCUUAUUUGAAUUACAGCUCUAGUGAAUAAAAAAAUUUUGAAGAAUUAGCAUCCAAAUUUGUAAAGCAGUUAGAAUAACAAACUUUGAGAAUUGAUAAAGACACUCCAAGAAUAAAUCUUAUGCGCUUUUAAUUAAAUAUAUAAAAGUCAAAGAGACAUCUAUAAAGAAAGAGUCCAAUGCCUUUCUGA